AAAUCACAUACUGAGCAAUGUAUACGAGUUGGGAUCAAGAGAAGAGACAGAAGUCAUAAUAAAAUUCUGUGUAUAAAGGUUACAGAAGACAUGGACCAAACGAUUAUUUUUUGUACAACGCAGAAGACAGAAGGAUGCUUCAAAGGCAACACAAAACACCCCUACGACGAUUCUAUGGACAUGGACUUUCUUUCUGAUCCAAUUUUUUCGGAUCUAGAUCGAUCCGAUUUCAUUGGAGGCAUCGACAAUGAGGCAAUCGAUUUCGGUAAUCUGGAACAGUUCAUGCAGGUUGAAGCCGCUGUUGGACAACUAGAAGCGCAAAAUAGCUGCAUAAAUGGAAAUAAUACGCGCGAAAACACAUUGUGUUGCAGCUCUAAGGCCGAUGUCAACCAACACCAACAACAGCACCAACAGCAGCAACAGAAUCCUCAUUACCAACAAAUUAACACGCUCGAUACAAAUUUAUCAUUAGUGAGCGUGUCGGCGCGUGUAAGUUUAACAUCCACACCUAUAGCGACACCCAUACCGACAACGGUUAGUCACGGCACACCGCAUAUGCCUGAUAGUCCGCCGGAUUCCGGUUCCGAGCCACCCUACAGUCCGCUGCAAGAUGCACAUGGUCUCACACUCACCUCGCGCGAUGUCUACAAUGGUCUAUCCGCUAUGCAGCCGGACAUGCAUCUGCAACCGCAAUUUACACCACCGCAUCAGACGCAAGCAUCAACGACACAUCACCAUCAUCAACAACAACAGCAGCAACAGCAACAGCAACAGCUGCAGCACAACAACCACCAUAGCAAUAGCAACGCCACCCAACUCCAUUAUAAUCACAAUCAUUCGCCAACAGCGCCACCAAAUGACACAAUGGGCGGCGUGCGAGUGAAACAUGAAGCCGGUCUUAUCAUAGAUCCUGCUACACUCACGCACACGCAUGCGAACUCUAUCGGCACACACACGCAUAGCGAACACAAUGCCAGUCAUGGUCACAUGAAUUUACCGCCACCACAUCAGUUGAUGUUCUCGAAUCCAAAUACCAACAACAAUCAACAUAAUGCAAACAACAGUCACUUGCUGUCUUACGAAAAUCUACAAGGUGGCAACUUUCCUUCGGUGAAUUAUCCCAAUGUGACUAUCGUAAAUGGUCUGGAUGUAAUGCAAACGCAUGCCACAUCCUGUGCGCUCACUUCACCGUUGAACGAGGUGCCACGCGUUCAGUUGGUUGGCACGAGCCAAGCGUUACCACCGCAACACAGUCGUUCGUCAUUGCCCACAACACCAGUGCAUUUGUCUUUAUCCCGCAAACGUAAACUCUCCACACAGCUAGAUUGUCCGGACUUUGCUAGCAUUAAACCUGAUCCGGGUUUGCGCAUGAGUCCCACGCAUGGAUUGGCUACAGCAGCUGCGGAGCAACAGCAAAAACUCAGCGCCUCAUCACCAAUUACCAUCACAUUACCUGCACAUGCGACUGCGAGCGAUAUGACGAGCACGCCCGCACACUCAGCUGCCUCACUAUCGCCCGCGCUGUCAACUAUUAACUCGAAUGCCGAUAACAGUCUGGAUGGCAAUAAUACAGCGGGAAGUGGUAGCGGCGAAAGUGGCGGUGACGGUAAUGCUCUAACGCCGUGCAUACGUUUUAGCCCAUUUCAGCCACAAAAUUGGCAUAAGCUCUGCGACCAAAGUUUACAGGAGAUCGCAGUGGUUUAUUAUCGCGUAGACGCAGAUAAGGGUUUCAAUUUCUCGGUAUCCGACGAUGCGUUCGUUUGCCAGAAGAAAAAUCACUUUCAAAUAACUUGCCACGCACGUCUGCAAGGCGAUGCGAAGUUUGUAAAAACACCGUCCGGUCUAGAAAAGAUCAACUCCUUUCAUUUGCACUUUUACGGUGUCAAAUUGGAAGCGCCAAAUCAGACGAUACGUGUUGAGCAAAGUCAAUCUGAUCGUUCGAAGAAACCGUUCUAUCCAGUGCCUAUCGAUCUGCAGAGUCACAUUGUCAGCAAAGUCACAGUCGGUCGUUUGCAUUUCUCAGAAACUACUAACAACAACAUGCGCAAAAAGGGACGUCCCAAUCCAGAGCAGCGUUACUUUCAACUAGUGGUGGGCUUGCAUGUCCAUACCAUAUCGGGCAACUUUCCUAUCAUCAGUCAAGGUAGUGAACGCAUUAUUGUACGCGCCUCUAAUCCCGGUCAAUUUGAGUCCGAUGUCGAUCUUUGCUGGCAACGUGGCAUCACGCAAGACUCGAUUUUCCAUGCCGGACGUGUGGGCAUCAAUACAGAUCGGCCGGAUGAGAGUUUGGUCGUACAUGGCAACUUGAAGGUAUCCGGUCAUAUAGUGCAGCCCAGUGAUAGUCGCGCUAAGCAUGAAAUCGGCGAGUUGGACACAUCGGUGCAACUGCGUAACUUACAAAAAAUACGUAUUGUACGCUAUCGUUAUGCGCCCGAAUUUGCCGUGCACUCAGGUCUGAAGCGUUCGUGUGAAAGCGACAGCGAAGAGAUCGUGGACACGGGCGUGAUUGCGCAGGAGGUGCGCGAAGUUAUACCAGAUGCGGUACAAGAGGCUGGCAGUAUCGUGCUGCCGAACGGCAAUGUCAUCGAGAAUUUUCUGCUCGUCAAUAAGGAUCGAAUUUUAAUGGAAAAUAUUGGUGCGGUGAAAGAGCUGUGCAAAGUCACAGGUUCGCUGGAGACGCGCAUUGAAGAUUUGGAGCGAAAUAAUCGUCUAAGCAGACAGAGCGAAUUUGAGCAGCGUAGCAAACAAUACCGUUUGACGAAAAGUUGUGGUCCACGCGGCGGCUAUGAAAUCUGUUCGAACAAGUCCCUGCAGAUUGUUAUAUUCUUAUUAGUAAUCGUUAUGGCAGCCUGUCUGGCAGCCGUAUCGACUCUCUAUUUCGUCGAGCACAACAAACAGCGUUACAACUACAAGCAACUAGACCGUCUGCAGUUCCACAGCAAUGGUCAUCUUUUAGGUCAUGACUCAGUUUUCAUAAAUGAACAGGAAGGUUAUAUCGUACAGGUGCAUAACAUGCUCAAUCGUAAUAAAUCCGUACAGCAUGGUGGCACAUCACGUCCGCCGGGUUAUCGAAACUAUACACGUCCACGUGGCGAAAUAAUCUAUGAUGAAAGCAGUGAUCCAUACUCACAAAACGGGCGCAACGAUGAACUUACGGUCGUUAUGGAAAAACCACUUGUAAGCCUACAGCCACUACAUCCACGUAAGGAUACGUUUAAAGUGACGACAACGGCACCGCUACUGCGACUCAACAAGACUAUCAGCAGUAAAAACAAGUCUAAGUGGCCGCAGGCACAAGUUGUGCCCAAAAUAAUAGCGUCCUUUCAAAAUACACGUGCCACAAGUAGCACACAAACCGAAAAUAGCGGAAAUCUAACGUUGCACCAAAAACGUCCGGGUACGUUGGGUGCUAAUGAGACCUCUUCGGAGAAAGUGGCCGAUACUGUGUUGUUGACACACGAUUUCGAUAACAAUUCCAUCGAUAUCGAUGCGCAACAUUUAACAAAAAAGGCGACGGCGAUCAGAGAGUCAGCGGCGCGUUCGAUCACUUCACGUGAGGAAACACUGUCGGAAAAUGGUGAAGCUAUUGCUGACGCCAUCGGCGCCAUUGUGAGCACAUCGAGUAGCAAUGUGAAUGGCAAAAACAAUGUCAACCACAGCGACAACCUAAAGAAUACCAACCUGAAUGCUAACAACAAUGUGCCCGAUACCACUGCCCCAGCGUAUAGUCAUCGUUCACGCAAUGUCUACAAAGCGGUUUCGCCGCCAUCGGCACUUUUGCCACUUACAACCAACAAGGUGACAAUUGAAGGCAUACCGGGUAAUUACUCGCUAGACGUAGUGCCCGCUUAUGCAAACAAGAGUCAGGCAGUACUGGAGAACAAAUUGGAUAGCACAGAUUUAUUGGACUUACAGAGCUUGAACAACAAUAGUGAGUCGGUGGAUAAUCCGAUAACCGCAUUGUUUGGCUUCGAUUUUGGCUUGGGACGCGAAUCAGUGCUGGGGCGCCGGUCAACUUCUCAGCGUAGUGUCGGGCGAAUACAGUGUAAAUUUGUGCAAGUGGAAAUGUUCGGUGCGCCACCGCAAUGCAUACAAAAGCCAACCAAUGACGAGGUGUCCAACUGUCAGUCAUUUUGCUUCGAGGAAACCAAUCAAUUGCCGGUAAUUCAAGACACCCUAGCAGGCAUCACACGUGUGAACGAAAAUCCAGCGGUUCCAGCGAAACAGCUAAGCAACGAAAAUUUGCCAUUAUCCGAAUCGAAUGCAGACAGCGCCGAUAUCGACACAGAUCCAGACACACAACCACGAUCACUGGCCACACCCAUACUCUCUACCAACGCCACUUUUAUUGGAACGGACAAAAAAACACAAGUUGUAGAAGUCUCAAGCGAACAACGUUCCGAUCUUUCGGACUCCUCAAAAGACAUAUCCGGUUCCGAUGAACGUCUCGAUAUUGAUGUAAAGAUCACAGCAGAUGAAACAGUGGGCGCACCAACAGGUAGUGCAACAUCCUCUGAGCUGCAAAGAGCAGCCGCAGCAGCAGCAGCAGCAGCAGCAGCGGCAGCACAAAUAGAUUGUUGGCAAAUCGAUAGCUGUUUAAUAGCUGAGACAAACAAUGAGACAUUUGGUAUGGAGCAUCACUGUCCGCAUAGUGGCAAAUCGCUGAAUAUGACCUAUAUUAUACCGUUAUCGAGAUUUUUCAAGGAAUCAAGCAUACAACUGCAAUUGAGCUCCUCCGUGCCACUAUUAUGGACCAUUUGUAGUAAUCGCGAGCUGACUAAACAUCAGGGCGCACAUCUAUUACAAUCAUCUGCGCAUCAACUUAGCGCCAACAUCGUACAACGUCAGCCAAAUGUGUCGGUUAUAUACUUUAAUAUACCGAGUCGAGGUUACUUCAUACGAAGUUUGGCGUUACGCGCAACGACGGUGGAUUCGAAAAAGCAAAAUAUUUGCCAGGAGACAGCACACGAAGCAAACACUUUACUGCAGUACAACUUUAGCAUCGUAAGAGAUUGUGAUUAGCGAUAAAAGAAAGGAAUUACUGAACAAAUAGCAAACGAAAAUACAUAUGCACAACAACAACAAUUUGAGCAAAUUGAAAAGCCAACUACCAACAAAAACAACCUACUCGUACAUUUUACAUACAUACGCCCAAAUAUAAGUACAUAUACAAGUACAAGUAUAUUGGAUUUAAAAAUGAACAAAUAUAAUUAAAAUUUAAUUAUUGGCCAAGUGUUUGGGGUAGAUUAAAAAAAAAUAUAAUAUUAAAUACAUGCUUAGUUUAGAAUUACUUUACAUACUCGUAUAUAUAUAUUAUAUAUAAAAUGUUAGAAAAAUGAUAAUAAAUCGAAUUGUAAUGUAUAUAUAAAUAAAAGGCUUAUGUAACAAUAUAAAUACAAAAAACACACAGCGUCUUGAGAAGAAAGCUGCUGAAUCAAUAUUUUAUCCACUGCUAAAUUAAUUAAAAAAGAAAUAUUUAAAUAAAAACUUAAAAUAUAGAA